AUUACGAUUCUGAUUAGGAAGUCCUAACCAGAAUAUUGCUCUCUCUUUCUCUCUGUAUAUGCAUAUAGCAUGAAUCUUUGAACUCAAUAUUUGUUCAAAUUUCAGUACUCUUAUUUUCUAAUAUGUUUUCAUUGCAGUGCAAGAGUAAAAAUGGACAUAUGGUUAUAGUGGUACAGGAAAAACAUUUAUGUGGAGAACGCUAGCUUCUGCCUUACGUUCUCAGCGUCAUAUUGUUUUAACUGUCGCAUCCAGUGAUAUAGCUUCUCUACUCUUACCAGGAGGUAGAAUUGCACACUCUAAGUUUUCAAUCCCAGUUCCUACUUUGAAGAACUCUACAUGCAAUAUACAUCAAGGGAGUGAACUUGCAGAGCUAUUGAAACAGACUAAAUUGAUAAUAUGAGAUGAAGCAACAAUGGCUCAUAAAUUUUGUUUUGAAGCAUUAGACAGAAGCCUAAGUGACAUCAUUAAUAAUGAUGGUGAUUCUAAUUCACCAUUUGGAGGAAGAGUGAUUGUCUUUGGAGGAGACUUUAGACAAACUUUACCCGUUAUUCCUGGAGGAAGCCGUUCAGACAUCGUUAAUGCUACAAUAAAUUCUUCAUAUUUAUGAGAAGAUUGUCAGGUAUUGUCUCUUACUAAAAAUAUGCGGCUCCAAAAUAGUUUGGAUAUGACAAGUGCUACUGAGCUCAAAGAAUUUUCAAAAUGGAUAUUGGAUGUGGGGGAUGGAAAAAUAUCAGAGCCAAAUGAUGGUUAUGCAGAAAUAAAAAUUCCAGAUGAAUUCUUGAUUAAAGAAUUUGAUGAUCCAAUAGAUGCAAUAAUCCGAAGCACAUAUCCUAACUUGCUGGAGCAAUACAAAAAUGAGGAAUUUCUCAAGUGUAGAGCUAUCUUAGCAUCGACUAUUGAAAUUGUCGAUAAAAUUAACGACUAUGUUCUUUCCUUGCUCCCAG